AUGGAGGCGCCGCUCGCCGGCGAGGCCGCCGACCAUGCCUAGGAGGGCCGGGAGCGGGCAGCUGCCGCUACCCCGGGGCUGGGAGGAGGCCAGGGACUACGACGGCAAGGUCUUCUACAUCGACCACAACACCCGGAGGACCAGCUGGAUCGACCCCCGGGACAGGUUAACGAAGCCCCUGUCCUUUGCCGAUUGUGUUGGGGAUGAGCUGCCGUGGGGAUGGGAAGCAGGGUUUGACCCUCAGAUUGGUGUCUACUACAUCGAUCACAUCAACAAAACCACACAGAUCGAAGAUCCGAGAAAGCAAUGGCGUGGCGAACAGGAGAAGAUGCUCAAAGACUAUCUCUCAGUGGCUCAGGACGCGCUCAGGACGCAGAAGGAGCUGUACCAUGUGAAGGAGCAAAGGCUGGCCUUGGCUCUCGACGAAUAUGUACGGCUAAAUGAUGCCUAUAAGGAAAAGUCAAGUUCUCGCACCAGCCUCUUCUCAGGAUCUUCAUCUAGCACUAAAUAUGAUCCCGAUAUUUUGAAAGCUGAGAUCUCCACAACACGGUUACGGGUUAAAAAGCUGAAGAGAGAACUUUCACAAAUGAAGCAAGAGCUGCUGUAUAAAGAACAAGGCUUUGAAACACUCCAACAAAUUGAUAAAAAAAUGUCUGGAGGCCAGAGUGGGUAUGAACUUAGCGAAGCCAAAGCCAUUCUAAGUGAACUAAAAUCUAUCAGGAAAGCAAUUAGCUCAGGAGAAAAAGAAAAACAAGAUCUGAUGCAGAGUCUUGCUAAGCUGCAGGAGCGAUUUCAUCUGGAUCAGAACAUUGGCAGCUCGCAGCCAGAUUUGCGAUCCAGUCCUGUGAAUUCUCAUUUAUCUCUCUCCAGACAGACCCUCGAUGCUGGAUCGCAAACGAGCAUUUCUGGAGAUGUUGGAGUGAGAAGUAGAUCAAGUUUAGCUGAAAAGGUCAGGCUAAGCCUCCAGUAUGAAGAAGCCAAGAGAAGCAUGGCCAACUUAAAAAUUGAACUGUCAAAGUUGGACAGUGAGGCAUGGCCUGGGGCGCUUGACAUUGAAAAGGAGAAGCUGAUGCUCAUCCAUGAGAAGGAAGAACUUCUGAAGGAGCUGCAGUUCGUCACACCGCAGAAACGCACCCAAGAUGAACUAGAGCGCCUAGAAGCUGAGAGGCAGCGGCUGGAAGAGGAGCUGGUGUCCGUGCGGGCUGCGCCCAGCAGGGCUCUGGCAGAGAGAUUGAAAUUGGAAGAGAGAAGGAAAGAACUGCUACAAAAACUUGAAGAAACUACUAAAUUAACUACUUAUUUGCAUUCACAACUUAAAAGCCUCUCCUCCAGCACGCUGUCCAUGUCGUCUGGGAGCAGCCUGGGGUCCUUGGCAUCCAGCCGGGGCUCGCUGAACACCUCCAGCAGAGGAUCGCUCAACUCCCUCAGUUCUACUGAACUCUAUUACAGCAGUCAGGGUGAUCAGAUAGACAUGGACUAUCAGUAUAAACUGGACUUCCUUCUGCAAGAGAAGGGUGGCUACAUGCCUUCUGGACCUAUCACCACCAUCCAUGAGAACGAGGUGGUCAAGUCCCCCAGCCAGCCUGGCCAAAGUGGACAUUGUGGGGUGGCAGCCUCAGCCACUGGCCACACUCCCCCACUGACUGAGGCCCCCAAGUCUGUGACGUCUCUAUCCUCCAGGUCCUCCCUUUCCUCCUUAUCCCCUCCUGGCUCUCCUUUGGUGUUGGACAGCACAUUCCCCGUGUCUUCUCAUGACACCCUCAAUCAGUUCACUACCGACUUUGAAGAUUGUGACUUGAGCAGCCAUUUUGCAGACAUUGGACUUGCUGAGAAUCAGGUUGUGCUAGGUGCGGACUCAGUAGGAGCACCCCAGCCUCUUUUAGAGGAUGAUGACUGUGCCGGAGAGCCACUGUAUGAACGAACAGCAGAUGUGGAAAAAUUAUCACCAAAAAGAAGAGGCCUCCACCUGCCCGGAGACAAAGCUGCUCGCGUGUCAGCCGCUGUGUCUGAUGAGUCUGUGGCUGGAGACAGCGGGGUCUAUGAAGCCUCCGUGAAACAGCCUAGUGAAUUUGAAGAUGCUCCCUACAAUGAAGAGGAUGUCACUGUGGUAGAGACUGCCCAGGUGCAGAUAGGACUCAGCUUUUCUCUUCACAGAUACGACACAAAAAGUUUGAGUUUCAUGGUGAUUGUAGCUCAGCUCCGAAAUCUUCAUGCCUUCUUGAUACCUCAUUCUUCAAAAGUAUAUUUUAGGGUUGCUGUGCUUCCCUCCUCGGCGGAUGUCAGCUGUCUGUUUCGAACGAAAGUCCACCCACCCACAGAAUCUGUGUUGUUCAAUGAUGUGUUCAGAAUGGCCAUUUCCCAAGCAGUCUUGCAGCAGAAGACACUGAGAGUUGAUCUUUGUUCUGUCAGCAAACAUCGCAGGGAAGAAUGUCUGGCUGGAACUCAGAUCAGCCUGGCAGAUUUACCACUGUCCAAUGAUAUUUUCAUGCUAUGGUAUAAUUUGCUUCCUUCCAAGCCUUGCAAAGAGAAUGAAGAAGAAAACGAGGACUGUAUAUUUCAAUCAGACCAGCCAGUACUUGAUUCCAUAGGCUUGGAUGCAGUAUCAGCCUUACUCGCAAGAACUUCAGCUGAGCUAUUGGCUGUGGAACAAGAAUUAGCUCAAGAAGGGGAGGACCCAGGGCCAGAAGAUCUGCAGGGUCCACAAGGAGACUGGCUGACGAUGCUGGGAGAGGCUUCUGAUGAAAUUAUUGCUAAAAAAGAAGCUGAGAUGAAAUUGGCAGAGACUAGUAUCUGUUCAGAAGACCUGAGUUCAAACAACAAUGUGCCCGAGAUGAGUGAAGACAGGUGUAGGAACGAAAACGAAUAUGUAGAAGACGGUCAUCAACCACCACCUGGACUGCCUACUCUGGUUGAUAAGGAGACAAAUACUGACGAAGCAGUUAACGAAAGUUUGGCAGUUCGCCCCAAAGACCAGAGCAGCCUGAACUCUCGACAGCAUCCCUUUGUGAGGAGCAGUGUGAUAGUGCGCUCACAAACCUUUUCUCCAGGCGAGCGGAGCCAGUACAUCUGCAGGUUAAAUCGGAGUGACAGCGACAGUUCAACCUUGGCUAAAAAAUCUCUGUUUGUGAGAAACUCCACUGAACGGCGUAGUUUGCGGGUCAAAAGGACAGUGUGCCAGCCGGUUCUCCGAAGGACAACCCAGGAAUGCCCAGUGCGCACAUCUCUAGACUUAGAACUGGACCUCCAGGCCUCGCUAACCCGCCAGAGUCGCCUGAACGAUGAGCUGCAGGCACUGAGGGACUUGCGCCAAAAGCUGGAGGAGCUGAAAGCCCAGGGAGAGACUGACCUUCCCCCGGGUGUGCUGGAGGAUGAGAGAUUCCAGAAGCUUCUUAAACAAGCGGAGAAGCAGGCUGAGCAGUCAAAAGAGGAGCAGAAGCAAGAUUUGAAUGCAGAGAAAUUAAUGAGGCAAGUCUCCAAGGAUGUGUGCCGGCUUCGGGAGCAGAGCCGGAAGGUGCCUCGGCAGGUACAAUCCUUCAGGGAGAAGAUAGCCUACUUCACCCGAGCGAAGAUCAGCAUCCCGUCCCUGCCAGCUGAUGAUGUGUGACCCUGUGGGUUAACACAUUGCUUCUCACCUGCUCUCUUCUGAAGGAGGGCAAAAGACUGGAUAUUUGUUUUGUUUGGAGACUGUCAUGUUUUGUUUGUUUGGUGUUUUAUAACAUAACUGUCAUGUCUUAAAGAACUUUCAUUUCAUACCAGAAUUGCAACAGACUAAUUUGUAAAGUACUUUGAAUGUAACUUAUAUGUUUAAGAGAGAAAAAAAAAACAGAUAACAAAAAUGGUCUAAUCUGGUGCACAAAUGUUUUACAGUAUGUGUGUGUCGCCAUUGGGCCUCAUAGUGCAGAGAGAACAGAGAGGUGUGCAGCACUGACCCACCAGGCUGACCAUGGGGAAGCAGCAGGGGGACCAGCAGAAGGCCAUUUGUUGCUGUGAGCACAUGGGCAAGGAGGCAGGCAAAGUUUCUGAGCUAGAAACCAGUGCUUUCUGUUGGAGAUACGCACAAGCACAGAGCUCUGAGUCCACCUGAAAUAGGUGGACUCUGAGUUUCCAUCAGCUAUAUCUGAACACUUUGUUCUCUUAAAGCAGUUUCCUUAUUGUCCUUUAAUAGCUCUCUAAAGGAAAACCUGAAAUACUGAGUGCAAGAGUACAAGAAACAAGCCCAGUUCUGCUGCCUACAUGAAAGAGCUGAGUGAGGCAGAAGGAAAGCAGGCACCACUUCCCCAAGAUACACUAGCCUGGUGCUCAUAGAAUGAGCUGCUGCUACUCGCAAGCCAAGCCGCCUUUGCAGGUGUUCAUAGGGGUCUCUGGCUUUCCCUUGGGCUCUGAGGAGAGUCAGCACAGGCCAUGAGCAGGGGGACAUGUGUCUUCACUGGUUGAGGCCAAGAACUGAGGAAGGGGUGCAUCUUUACUACAUCAAAGUUGCCAAAAAGAAAGAGUUUAAUCAAAUGAAAUUUCAUACUUAGUAGAAAUUACUUUACAGCUCUCACUCUCAGUUUUAGGGGAUUCUAUCUGUAAUUCCUGGCAAGUAGUUGGAAACAAAAGAAAGAGUAUGCCUGAGGGUAUUGCUAACACAUAAUAUAUAUAUAUAGUCUAGAUGAACAACCUCGAGAUAGAAAUUGACCAGAAUGUCCUGAUCUCCAGUUUUAAUUUGAACUUAUGCAACCCAGACACAACUUAAAACAAAAAAAAGUAAAUAAGUCCCCACUAUAGCUUUGCCAGCAUAAAAGCUUUUUAGCCUAUAUAGUUUUAGGUGACUUCAAUCAUGCAUGUUAUUUAGUCUGUUGUACUGAACGAGGCAAUUUUUGGUUACCUAUCUUAUAUAUCAAACUAAAUUAUUUUUAUGUUUUAAUGCAAAUAAUGGGCCCCUUAAGGAAAAACAAGUUCUGUUUUUCCUGCUAGAAUCAUCACUAGCAGAUUUUUUUAAUCUAAUUAUACAUAUUUUAGAAAGUUCAUUUUAUCAGAAUCAAAAUUUAAAUUCAGCCCAAACUUCAAUUAUUAAGUUUCUGAACCUAAAACUCCAAUUUUUUCCCCAAAUGUUUCACCACUUAUAUGCAAAUUUCUUCAAAGCUAUAACUGGAUGUGACACUACUUUUGAACAAAACUAGCCUAGUGGACUGCAUACGGUCCUUCAAGGCUGCCCCUCUUGUUCUGCUGAACAUCUAAGGAAAGCUAGAGGAACACCAUUCAUCCUUGUCAAGGUCAAAUGUGAACAGCAGAAGUUUAUUUAAUGUAGAACUAAUGAAGGUCAGCUGUUUUCAGCUUCUUAGUUUGACCAUGAAAAUGUUUAUAGAAUUUUGUGUUGUACCGUACAAUUUUAUUUUCUUCAUUUAUUUAUUUACGGUCUUAUUUAUGUUCUGUUUAAUAUAUAGUUUGGUUCUGGCCAUUUUAAAUGUUGGACAUAGAAAAGGCUAUAUUGGAGUAUUUACAGCUUUAUAAAUCCUCAUGAGAUGAACCAUGAACUUUCUGUGAUACAAAAACUUUCAGUCAAGUGUUAAAUAAAUUCUGUCUCAGGCUGGUAAUUAACAGUUGUGACCAAGAGGCUUUGGUUUCAUUUUACAAAACUUGUUGAUUUCUAACAUGAGAGGAAAACUUCUUUUAAUAUAACCCUUUAUCUACACUUUAAACAAAAGCAAUAGCAGUAUGCAUUUAUAGGCAGCUUUUAAUAAUCCUGUCAUAUUUGUACUAACCUAAGUGACUCACAGUGACAAAGCAUUUUACUAACUUGAUCACAAAACCAUAUGAGCAGAUAUGGAUUUUAAUAUUAUAAAACUAUUUUUAAAACAUAGAAUUUAUUCUGCACAGGGUAAAAGGAAUUGAAUAUUUAGUUAUCAAGUUUGAGUUAUCAGUAUGUUACUACAGUUUUAUAUAUUCAGACUCUUAAAUGUCAGGUACAAAAAGAAUUUUACUAGCCAAAUGAACAAAGUAGAGCUGAUGCUCUGUAGCAUACAAAUCAAAUAAAUUUAAAAUCUCAAUCUCUCUCUCUCUCUCUCUCUCCCCCCCCCAUGGCUUUAUCUAUAUUGUAUUAAAUAUCAGAAGCUCAGGACUGAACUAAAUAUUUAAUCAGGUUAAAUUCUGAACACGUUUCUGUUUUAAUUUGUAUUGUUUGUAAAAGUAUGCAAAUAUAUCGCAUAGAUUACCUUUGUUCUCCGCACUUUUCAUGUGUUUGCUGAUGGAAAAAAGUUCAGCCUUUUUGUUUAAAAAAAAAAAAUCAAGCUACAUAUUGCCUAAUACUGUGUUCACUGCUGUUUAUUGUUUGGUUAAUUUCUCUGGUUGGCACAAACACAAGAGGUUACUUGAAUCAUGUACCAAGCAAAUAUAAAAUGCUCCAUGAAGAAUUCUCCAAGCCAGAAGUUUGUUGUGAAAAGUUCUUAUUUGGACUUUAUGUAUUGCGGAUAAGGAGAUGGAAUCUUUUCAUUGCGCAGAGGAAGCAAAGGGCUCCACCGGGAGGGAGCGUGCCGCUGCGGUCACACCUCCUGAGUUGGCAGUGUGCUCCAGCAGGAGGCAGCUGUCCCAGGAGGCCCUCUGCCCAUACUGCCAGUCAAACCAUUCAUGCCCACUGUGACUGCUCAGAGCCUGGGGCAGUCAGAAAGGUUGACCAUGGGUACAGAACUCGGAGCACAAGCAGAAAGGAACACAUUCAUAAUCUUCAAGAAGACAAGGUGCCCUUCUGUGCCUGAAGGCACGAAUGGAUGUGGCUGACUUGGGAAAGGCUCUCUAGAGGCACUGAGGUCUCUGACUGAAAAAAGGAUGAAGUGUCCCAUAUUCUUCACUUCUGAAUCUUAAAGAAGCCAGCAGUUUUCAGUUUAAUCAGAUGUCAUGCAUUUUAAAUAUCCAGUGAGACCUUAAUUUCAUUAUAAUAGGUUGUCUUAAACACUCGAAAGAAGUAAAUGGUGAACAGUAACAUUUCCUAUUGACCAAACGAUUCAUCUCCAUGAGAAUAAUGCUUUCAGAGAUACGUAAGUUUUAUUUAGCAAUUCUCACUGUGCAAUCACAGCCUAUUUUAAAAUUGAAGUCCAUGCACUGUAAUGACUGAUUAUGUUAGGUCCUGAUUGGUUUUGAUCUCCAAGUAGAAAAUAAAAGUGAUUUACUAGUCUUGGAAAAAAAAAGAUUGUAUUUUAAGAGGUUAAUAGCCACAGGAGGGGAAAUGCAUUUCAGGACAUUAUAAGCAUAGUGGCUGGGUGACUAGCAGGAGAUCCUACCACAUCCGGUGCCAAGCUAGUUCCUACUGAAGAACAGACGCCAGUGAUCCCUCGGGCUUAGGAGUCUGGGUUGCUGUAUUUCAUCUCCAGUUGUUGACAGUGAUCUCGCAUUUCUGCCACUGCAUAGUGGCCCGAAGCUGCAGGAGCUGGGCUGGAGCAGCCUGCACAGUGAAGCAGACACCCUCCCAGCACCAGGCAGAAACCAGCAAACCAGCCAAGGAACAGGGCUUCCCCAAACUCCCACCUGGGCACAAUCUCCGGGAUGGUCUCAUCCCAGAACUCCUGGACCGUCAUGUGGGCCACCCAGGAGACUGGAACGAGGGCUGUCACUCCCGAGGUCCAGAGCAGGACUCCUCCCAGGAUGAGCAGUCGCUUCUUGAGCCCUUGCUGUCUUUCUCCAAUUCUCAGGCAGUCCAGGCCAAAGCCGGAGACCAGCAGGCCCAGUAGCCCCAGCCCAUUCGACAGAAACAUUAAGAUCCUGGAGAUCCUGAGCUCAGCUGGCAAGGCCAGGAAGGAGUCAAAAUCCUUGCAUUGCCUCCCCACUUCCUCUUGGAUGACGCAGGUUUUCCACAGCCCCAUGGUCCAGUUUUCCAUUUCAUUUAGGUCCAGGUUGAGGUUCCUCCAGUGUGGCAAGUAGUUGGUGAGGCAGGAGAAAACCCAUCCCAGCAAAGAUAAUAAGAGUGCAACGGACUGCAUUGCUGUUCGAAACACUAAAGCCAUUAUAAAGUCCUGUGAGCUUUAGCCAGCCUGACUCCUACCCUUCGGUUGCUGUGAAAAGAAGUGUGACACUUGAGUUAUCACUUGCAGAGCUCAGAAAUAUUUCUUCAUUGUGUAUAUAGGAGGAUUCUUGCCAGAUCUGCUAUUGUUUGAUUCCAUGUUGAAAAGGUUUCAGAAAAGGAUAGGGAAAUACUGCUGCAAACCAGUAAUGCUAAGGUGUGGCCAAGUCUGUGUUUGUGUCCUGUGGGCUGAAUUUUGUAGAAAGCACACUUGUCAGUGAAUUAAAAUUAAGUAGCACUAAUCCUCCUUACAUUGUUAAGGUAUAAAUGGCUUUCAUGUUGUCCCAACGACUCUUUGACUCUUAACACGUCAAAGCAUUAAGUCUAAAUGCAAAAAUGUUUAAUUGAAGGUUUUGGUUCAGCUCCUCCUGCUUUGUAUUGUGCUAAUUGAACCUGUCAAAUUUUCAUCUGUUAAAGUGUUCUCACAUUUCAAUGAGUAUGUUAUGAUAAUAACUGGGUGUUACCAUUUAAAAGAAAAAGGUUCAAGAGAAGAAUUUCUUAAGCAAAUAAAUCAGUCUUAUCAGAAA